AUGGCGUUUCGCCGAUUUUUUCACUUCAAUUCUGUGCCGCUGUCGAGAGAAGAAGCUGAAUUCCCAUUGGCGUAUGGAAUUGUUGCUUACAAGUCGCCCAUACAGUUCCUCUACAUGCUCUCCGCCUUCUAUCAUCCGCAGAACGUUUAUUGCAUUGCCGUUGGCGCCAACAGCAAAUUGGAUUUUCAGAAUUUAGUCGAGGAUGUCAGCAAAUGCUAUCCUAAUGUUUAUUUGAUGAAGCGUCCGGAAAUUCGUUGGGGCAGUUUUGAGAUUAUUAAUUCCGUUUAUGAAUGUCUCGAAUUUCUGGCGACACUCAAAGUGCCAUGGAAAUAUUUUCAGUAUCUUUCGGGAUUCGAUGCGCCUUUAAAGACAAACUUGGAAAUGGUCCGAAUAUUCAAAGCGUUGCGUGGAAGUCCGAAUUUCGAAUUUAAGAAAUACGAGGCGAAACGAGCUAAAACUCAAAACCUUUCAAAAUUUCCGCUGAAAUUAUUCAAAUCGUCUCUAUCGGCUCUAAUUCCGCGCGAAUCUGCGAAUGAUAUGACAAAAAGUGAAAUGGUCCACAGGCUGCUCAAAUUCCUCGAAGGCACUGAAAUCGCCGAUGAGAGUUUUUGGGCUACCGUGCUGGCGAAUAAGGAUGUUUUUCCAAUUUUCGGCGCAAUUAAUGGAAGUGAGCUGAUGGAAACUUUGGACAAAUUCCAAUCGACAACGUCUUUGGUGUUUCGCAAUUAUUACAUUUCGAGGCGACAAAUUUGGGAAGGCGACCCUUGUCAUGGUCACUUCAAGUCCGGCUCUUGUGUUUUUGGAAUUGGCGAUCUUCCGAGUUUGCUCAAUUCCAAGGAGCUCGUCGGCCACAAAUUCUAUGUCGAAGACUCGCCGACAGCAUUUGUUUGUGUUCUAAAGGAAAUUCAACAGCGCUCUAUGAGACCUGCCGAUUUCAAUACGACGUUUUAUGAGAACCUGCCGCAAAUCGAAUUGGUCCAAGGCGUGCCGGCCGCAAAUUUGACAAAUCUCAAAUGGUUCCUAUGA